AUGUUUGCAUAUGGACGGCUGACCGGCUGUUGAGGCGUAGGGUGUUGCUACAAGUGUGAUAUUUGACCCUUCCAUUUGCUCUAUAUCUUGCGUGCGCUAACCCGAAUGAUCAUUGAUGAUGCCUUAUCUUCCAAGGUCGUGUUGUUACUACGAUCGCAACAGCGAAAGUCUUCCAUCUCACUGACCAGCAUCAAGCAAGUAUAGAAGUCAAAGCGCUGAAGAUGGUUGCAGAUGCUUCUUUCAAGACGGGCGGCCAGGUUGAUGGCAUUGUUGCAGCCCUUGUGGAAAGCUUGGGAGACAAACAAGACAGCGUCUGCCGUGCAGUCAGUCACUCGCUACAAGUUAUCGGCAACCAUUGGCCUAAUCUUGUCUUGAGUAGCUGCCAUGACUACUUGACGAAGGAGUCAAAGCUGUCAUCCUGUCAUAGACACUUGCUGUUUACUGUGAUGCAUGAAGUGUGCAAAGAUUCUGUUGACAAACUAGACAAGGCACUGUUAAACAAUGUUUGUAAGACUACAAUUGAGGAGAUGACACGUACCAAGGAAGUGGCAACAGACAGUGUUCUCUGUGGGAUAGUGAUAGCCCUGGGCAGACAGCACCCUCUUGAGACAAUGGAGCUGGUCCAGGCCAGAUUUCAGCCGGGCUCCCUGCCACACCCUCUUAUUUUGGAGACCCUCGCUGGACUGGCCCUUGCCAACCCAUUUGGUAUCAUGCCCUUCCUGAAAGCCCUACUUGGCACCAUGCUGCCAAUGUUGAGCGGAGCUCGCACUGAACAGCUUAAAUGGGCUAUGGCAUUUGCACUCGGAAGAUUCUCUGAAGCAAUUGUGGAGUAUUUGAGCAACAUUGAAAAGGCACCUGAUCCAUCUGUGCAAAAGGCUAGCUUUGCUACUGAAAUAAUUAGUGCCUUUGACUUUCUCUUAGCCAACUGGCUGCAGGCAAGAGAUGCAAAGGUUAGAGCCGAGUCGGCUGUGACCCUUGGCUACAUGGCACAGCUUCUUAGCAAGUCAAAGCUGGAAGAGCAACUACCAAAGCUUCUCCCAUCUCUGGUUACACUCUAUCGAAAACAACAUGAUUGUUUUCCUGUCAGUAAGGGGUUGUGUCUGGUUUUGGAAGCAGCCACUGAGUACAAAUGCCUUGCACUGGAACAACACCUGGAUGUCUUGAACAACUCGCUGUUUGUACAGGUUUGCAACCCGCCGGACUACACGGAACCUGCAAGUGUUCGAAACCACAACGAAAGCCUACGUUGUUUUACUGUUUUAGCUACAAUGUUUCCUGACAAACUGACGUCCUUCCUCCUGAUGAAAGUAGAGAACAGCAAUGAUAAAACAAGAAUUGGAGCUCUGACAGUGCUGAAACACAUAAUCAAUUGUACAGGAUCCACAGAACAAGAUCCAAACUUGGAUGAAAGGAUGCGCGGCAUAAUUUUGGGCCUGCAGUCGUCGUUCAAUGAUCCAAGCAACAAGGCAAAGAAAGUGUUGGCCCAAGUCAUUGUUGCUCUGGCACACCAUGGUUACCUUGAUGCAAACGGUGGUCACUCAAUGGUUGAGUUUCUUGUUCGACAGUGUGCUCUUCCAGAUGAUACAGCCAAGCGUCCCACCGACUUUGACUAUGUGAGCAAUGAGGCACUGCGUACAAUGUGUGAAAAUGUUUUGCAGCUUCUAACAACCACUGUUGAUGACAUUGACAAGAUUAUGUGGCCUUCCUUAUUUGAGUACUUGUUGUGUGAAGAGUUGACUCCGGCUGUAGGAAUUCUUUGCAAGUGCCUUGCUAAUUUUGCUUCGAAGAAGCGGGACGCAGGUUACCCUAUCGAGAUCAACUACGAGAAACAUGCAAAUGUACCCAAGCCACAAGCCUUGCUGGCACGAUUGCUGGUUGUGCUGGGCUCUCCUUUGGUGCACCAUCACCGAGGAGUCCAUGUCCUACGCCUGUUGCGUUGUUUGCCUGCACUAGUGCACCGUAACCUGGUCGCCCUCUGGGACACUGUUCUACCCCAGAUGACUUCUCAGUUGCAGUGUGUGCUCGAUAACCCAGAAAAUGGUCUGGACAGGGAGGCUUGGCGAGAGCAGAUAUUGGACUUGACCCAAAGAUGUUUUGUGGAAGUGGACAAAGAAGAAUGGACUCUGUCGUUGGGAAAGGCUAUGCAGGCCCAACUUAGCCUGUAUGGUGCAUACCCGGAUGACAAGUGCAUGCUGCUGCAGUUGCUUGGAGCAGUUAUGAAAAAAGUGAGCAGCAAGCAGUUUAUAAAUGGAGCUCUAGACAAAAUAUUUGAGCAUAUCAACCAUUUACACCCACGGGAAAGAGAGGGUUGUGCUCUUGCAGUAGGUAUGUGUGCGGCAUCCCACUUGGAUGCUGUGGUAGUGAAGUUAGAGCAAGUAGCAAAAGACGACCUUCGUAAGAACUCUGGGUUUCUUAGUUUUCUAAAGGAUAUUACCGGUGACAAUUAUCAUGAGAAGCUUUUGGCAACAGUUGUACUGAGUUACGGCUAUGUUUCUCUGCGAGCUCCAGCAUCCAUCUUGACUACCAGAAUUGAAACACCCAUUUUGAGAAGUGCUGCCAAAUUCUACCAAGCAUCAAAGGACCCCUCAGUGCGACAUGCAAUGCUCCGCACUGUGAAGAUGAUUGCAGAUGCAGUUCACCCAGACAGACUUCAGGAGCAGUAUGUCUUCUACUCAAGGGGCGAGCUGGUUACUGAGAUGCAACAAUUGCUCAAGGCUGAGAAUCCAGUCCUUGUCACGUCCUCAACAAGGGCCCUGGUUCUCAUGGCUCUGGCUAGUCUUGUCAAGUUGGACCCGCCUCUGCCACCAAGUGAAAUAUCGGCUCUUGUGACAAUGGCUGUUUCUCGAGUCUAUCCACUGCCAGUGCGAAGUCCUCCCGUUGCGUUCGAUGAUACAGCAAGUGGCGAUCAACCACAUAACCAUUCAGAGUUGGUGGCAGGCAGCCUUAGUGCACUGGACCAAUUUCUUGCCGAGUUAUUGUCCAAGGACCGUACUCCUGAUAAUCUUCAGCUUAUCAUCAGGGUGCUGGUUCCUUGGCUCAAUUCCAAACAGGAGUUUGAGAGAGAGCGCUGCUUGAACUCUAUCUGGGAACUUAUGAUGCUUUACAGCAGUCACAUAGAGUCUGGGGUGUUUCGGAUCUUCAAUUGUUUUGGCUUUGUCCUCGGUGCUCUUGUGCCUCGUUGCACUGACUCCAGCAUCUCCAUUCGCAACACAGCUCUGACCUGUAUUCACCUGUCUCUUGAGAUUAACAACAAGAGCCAAAGCCUUUCGUCAAAGGAGGACACAGAUUUACAUGGCGUUGAUGAUCUUCAGGCAAACAUACAGAAGACGGACCCUGAGUCCUUUCACAUAAUUUCAAAAGAGUUAGCAAAGACACUGGCGAAGAAGGUGCCAUCGAUUCAGCUUCUUUCAUUAGCCGAGACACUCCUUCAAGGUCUCAAGGAUCCAGUGUCAAGUAGUUCCUCUGGUGCAGCCCAUGUGCUUUCUGGCCUGCUGCAGCUGCGUGGUGCUGAGCUGCGAGCUGAAGUGGCCCACCUUGUUGAGAGCCUGCACCAACAGCUCACGCAUGUCCAUUGCCCCCAGACACAGUCUGAGGCCCUUGAAGUGGUCAGAACUUUGGCACGACACCACUCGAACCUUGUUGUGAAUGCCCUCCUGACCUAUCCGUUACCUUAUGACAAACAGGUAUGCGAGUGUUGGUCAGCACUGGCCAAAGAUGCUGCCAUGGGUUCGAGUAUUGUGAACCACCUGCUGGAAAUGCUGGACAACCAGGGAGCUACAGAAUUUCAGCCAGACCCCAAAAGCCAAAGAGGCACCAUCAGAGUGGCCGUUAGGGACGUGCUUGCAGCCAUCUGUGCCCUGCAGGAGAUGUUCAACACUGCUGAGAUGGAGUCCUGUGCUAAGGAGGCAUUUGGCCAUGUUUUCUCAGCCCUCCUGUUGGCUGCAGCCAGCUAUGUUGGCGUCAGUGCAGUGAGCUUUGUUGCAACAAACAUUGCCAGCAAGCAGGAGUCCGGAGCCAGCCCUAAACUGCUUCCACUACGAUGUGCACUUCAGGCUUUUGAGGCCUUCUUAAGGCGGGCAGGUCAGGAAGAAAUUGUGGCCAGUAUGGAAAAGGAUGGCCACUGGGACAGCAUGGAGCAAGAUGAAGUUUUUCCAGAUUCGAUUACUGUGUUGGCUGGACUUCUGUGCCAGCAGUGCCCUUGGCAAGUGGCAGGCGUGGUGUCUGGCCUGCAGAACAGGCUUGGUGGUAGCCCAUUGGAAACCCAGCGUCUGGCCGUGCUGGCACUGUUUGCUGAGCUGCUGAGCCAGCCCUUCGAGGGAGCACCCCUGCUGGCCGAGCCGCUCAUGAACCACCUGCUGGGCUCCUUGGCUGACCCCAGCCUGGCUGUUCGCCGGCUCUGCCUGCGCAGUCUUGCACACCUAGGCCGUGCUGAAGGGCAUCUGGUUCAUCGUUACUCUGGCACUGUCUUAUCCGCCAUGAUCAGUGGUCUUGAUGACAAGGAUGAUACAGAGCAGAAGAUCAUGCUGGAAGCAAUCAACGGGCUUGCAACACUUCUGUGCCAUGCAGAUCAGCAUGAUGUUGGAAGCUUCAUUACGACUGUGGCUCUCCGGCUGCGCCCCAUGUUUGAAAAGGAAAAAGGUGAAGUGCGUGCAGCAGCGUUCAAGCUGUUCGGAGACCUGGCCCGCUUUGCAGAGGGAGAAUUCCGAGAUGCAUUUGUGGAACAGGCCAUCAGCAACAUGAUCACGCUGCUUGUGCACUUGAACGAAGGGGACAAGCAGGUUGUAAAGGCAUGCAAGGCAACUUUGAAGAAGCUGGGGCCAUUGCUAGGUUCUGAGGAAUUGAACAACAUGUUUCAGAGGCAUUUGCCUGAUGGCUCCCAUUUGCACUACUCAGAGUUCAUUAGUGACCUCACAAAAGUCAUGGUGAUUGAUCUUGAACAACACAUGUCCACAUUUGUGACCUUAUGCCUUGGUCACAUGAAGAGCCUUAACCCAACAAUUCAAUGCAAUGCUGUGUUGCUCUUAGGCUGUCUGCUGGGAAACGCACGACCUGAGCUCCGUAAGGACCUUCCAUGUGAGCGUGCAUGUUCGGCACUCGUCUUGCUGCUUAAGGCUGAGCUGCCUGAACAGCGCUGCAGAGCCGCUGAAGCUCUGAGCCUUCUCCAUGGUUGCUGAAGUCCGGGCUGCCUCUCAUCUAGAUGCUAUGGUCUCCUGCCAUUGAAAGCAAACGCAUGUGUGCCUCAAAGGCUUUUUCCACAUGUUAUGCUCUUAGUCUUUGCGUCUUCCCCAGUGGAGCCUUGAUCAUAACUGCCAAGUCACAGGCGUUGUAAAGAGCAUUGGGUGGGGCCCACUUUUUGCCAUUCCUUGUUGGUCGCGGUUGCUCUUGACGAUCACAGAUAGGUUUCUUUGUUUUUAUUUUGCAGCAUGCUGUAAAGGCGUGCAAUGUUAUAUUUUUCCAUAUAUAAUGCAUCACGCUAUUAUGCAGAAUGACAUAUGCAGAGUGAUAGAUGCAUAGUAUUUACGGUUGUAUCUUGAUUAUAUUAUAGUGUAAGGUUGUAUAUUUGAUGUUAGGUCUCUGGUCAGAAGACCACCACAGCAUUUUUCUUUACUUUGUCUAGCCUAUAUAAGAACCUGAGAUACAGCAGUGUGGUAUUGUUUAUUCCAGAUAACUGUAUGCUGGUGUGCUGAGGGCUCACCCAAGUCUUUUUCUUAUAUUUUACCUUCUGUUUCACUGCAUAUUUUUCGAGUGCCCGUGGUAGUGAAGCAAUAAUGCAUAUACAAUGUUCAGGUGCAAGCAUUGCCCACUCAGUUCAUUUUGUGCAUCAAAUGAUUUAGUCUGUGUGUUAACUAUACACCUUAUUGUGCACAUGUGUGUAAUUAUUAGCAGCAGGCAUUUGGUUAAACUUCGUGAUACUUUACUUGGAAUGGUCGGUACACUUCUGUGAAAGUGGAGAUACAUUGAGAAUCUUUCUUAGUACAGGUAAUUUUUUAUUUAGUUCACUGGCUUCCUGGUGGUUGAGCUGUUCAUGGAGGGUUAUGUGCUAGUGAAGGGCAAGAAGUCAGGUUAGUUGGAAGGCAUUGCAACAUGGGCAUUGUUAAUUUUCAAAGCAUGAUGUUCAUAUGCAAAAUCCACACGAGAGGCAAAGCUUAUCUUUUGUCUUCACUGUAGUACAACACAGUUAUAUCAUGUAAGCAGUAAUGCGCCAAGUGUAGCUGCUUUAUUUUCACCAUUUAUUUUCCACAUAAAGUCACUGUACAAGAUGGGAGCACUAUUUUUAUUCAUGUUAAACAUUGUAAAAAUUACAUAGAUACGGUAGUUCAUGUAGUUGAAGUCUAUAUACAGAUAUAGGGAAUUCUAGCAUUCUCUUACUCUGGUAGGUGUGAAUGUGUACGAUAUACUGAAAGCACAGUAUACUUUGUGGUGAAUACCAGGCUAUCAUGCCUGCCACUGGGUGUGAAGAUGCAAAGCCACAUUCUGCAAGCAGUUUUACUGAACCUUCCACCUGCAUAUGAUUUGAUCAUGUAUGGCAGUCACAUGUAAGCAUGCAAGUGGCUCACAAUGUGCAUCACAUACAGGGCCCUUGUACUGUGCACAGCCCUUGUACUGUGCACUGGAUCCUGCACAGCUGGUACAAUUGGAGGUUGGAAGAGAGAAUGCAGUGACCUUGUCACCUUAGUGACCUUUUUCUUUGGUGGCAUUAUUUUCUUUGUCUUUUGUUUUUGGGGGUGGUGGUUUGCUGUCUUAAUUCCCCCAACAUUUGUGGCGUCAAUUGCAUGGAGACAUUGUAUGCUGCUGCUAGCCGUGAUGUGUGCUCUGUGAUGUGAAAGGAGAGCCACCAGGCACUGUUGCACUAGUGAAUGUGGCACACAUGAUGAUCCAGACUCUGCUGCAAGUCAUCUUACCGUGAAUGUGAGUAUGUGGUUGCAGUCUUGUGAAUUCCUUCCCUGUAGUACACCUAGGGAUAGGGCCAGGACUAUGCCCCAUGCACUCAGCAUAUUUUGCAACCCUGCUUGAAAACCCCAAGCAAUGAUGUGGAUAUUCCAUGUCGCAGCGGUGAAAACAUAUUUGAAUUUCAGGCACCAGUCACUGCUGUGACCAAUAAUUGCGCAAAAUGCAUGCAUGUAUGCUCUAAUAUGCGUGCACAUCUGCGUUAACUUUUGAAAGACUUCCAACAAAUUUGCGUUUGAGUUAUAUAUCCAAGGUGUCUUUUGUUGCACAAGUACCCUGUUAGUUGACACUGUAGUGCAACCAGCUGGUCAUGCCAAGCACAGGCUUUCUAAGCAACUGAAGUUAUUAGCUGCUGACCACAGUUAAAAUUUUGAAUGUAUCCACUGACACCUCUCACACCUGUACUUCGAUGCUCACAGCAAUGUUAUGAGAAUUAUUGCUGUUGAUUUAGUUUUGUUGAAGAGCGAUUGAGUAUAGGAAUAGCUCUGUGAAGAAAGGGUCGCUUUAUGUAAAGCGCCUGUGGAAUGCAAACUAUACUGGAAGGCGCCUGAGACAGAAUGAGUGAACACUUCCUACUUUGGAGUGGGAGAUCUACAGUAAAAGUCACCAUGGCAGUGUGCGUUCUAUACUAAGGACUCCAAUGGAAGAUACAAUCUGUAAUGCGGUGCCAGCUGCAUGUGCAAGCUGCAGCCGCUUUCAAAAAGAAAACCACUAGGCACUUAUUUUACGUGCGUAAUUAGUGUGUUCAUUAUUGGAUUACAUUCAUGAGUUCUGACACUUUGUCAUUUUUAAAAUAAUGAACACCUUGAAGGUCACUAACAGUUUCUUGGCAAUUCUUUGUGUAUUAUUUUUAUCAGAUCCCAAACUCUUGUACACAGCUGACUUUCCUCACAUGACUGGGAGAAUGUGCUGCAUUUGUAUGUGGUGUCUCAAGUGAUAGUAUCAUGUGCACAUGCUUUCUGUUGCAUUAUAGCCCCUCCGUGAAUAUUUGGAAACUGUUCCCAAUUGGGUUGUGUUUGGUGAAAAGCAUUCUUGGAACAUCCAGAUGUCAAUAUGCUCCUUACUUCAUCUCUCGCAAUUUUUGUAGCAAAAGACAGUCAUUCGGCCUGUAAUGUGUUCGCAAAGUUAAGCUCGGAACAGUACUCUUGCAGUAAUGUACUGCCACGCAUGGCUAAUUUCUUGGGGUUUAGAAAAUUUGGUAUCAGCACAGGAGGUUAGUGGUCUUGACCAACUACUCGGCCACAUGUUAUAUGAGCUUUGUUGGCACAUUACAACACUUGGACUGGUCUUUAUUGCUCUGCUAUUGAUAAACUUUGUUCCAGCUGUUUCCAAGAAACAAAAUUGAUACUGCUUCCUAUGUAAUGCAUGCACAUGGCUGGCACUUUGGAGGCACUUUAUCUGCUGCACAACCCCCUUGUUCAUUGCACUGUGCAAGAGCACAGAACUCAGUUGCUGUGUGUGCUCAUAUGCAGUGGCUAAAAGUGUGUGAAUAUUUGAAAAUUUCAAAUACCAGUCCAAUAUUGAGUCUGUGAUAUUCGUAUUCACUUGAAUGAGAAAAUUUUCAAAUAUUUAAUACGACACAAAGAUUCAAAACAAUUUGAGUAUAUUUCUGGUGGUGCUGGAGCAGAUGCAAAUCUGUGCCCGAUUUUGGGCUACUUAGCACACUCUUGUCAUGGCGGAAUUUAGUGCAUGAGGUAAGCCCAGGGACUGUCUGACUGCAGGAAAGCCAACAACUCAGUGGCAGUGGGUAUGGGUUUUGAAACAGUGAAGGUGCAACUUAAGAACAGUAAGAUAAACAAGCUAUUACUGUUAAGGCAUUUUAUUUAACUGUUUCUUAUUGGCAAUGUAAAUGCAAUGUUCUAACGUGUAGUAAAGAAACUUACUAAUAAAUGCAUUUGCAUGUUAUUAUUCGAUAUUCGAAGUAAACGAUUAGUUCAGAACAAAAACUGUGCAAAAAUGGCCUUCCUUGCCCCAUUUCUUGCACUGUUCUUGUACCUAACAUCAUGUACCAACUAGCCCAUCAGCACUCUCCUGACACUAUUCGUAUACAAUUCAUAUUUGAAAUUUUUUAUAUUUUUGCACUGAUAACAGUAACUAAACAUGCAGAGACUGCCACCUAGCCAACUGCCUCGGAACUAGCCAAAGAAAAAAUUCACACCACAGGCACGCAUGUUUGUUUUAACGGUGGGUCACACUGCAUCCACACAUGCAGAGGCACCAUGGGCUGCAACAAGAUAACGCACGGUGGCUGGUCUCUGCCACUGCUGUGCCAUGUCCUCGGUUUGAGCAGUUUGGUGCAAGAAGGCAUGCAUGUUUUACUUUUUUUUUUUUGUAAAACAUUGCAUGCCACCGUUCCCUGCCACAUGUUGUAUGAAAAGACUUCAGCAUAAUUUGGGUAUCAAAUUUUGCCAUGGGAAUGUUACAUAGUCUUAACUACAUUUAGACCAUAUCUGCACAAUAAUUAGAACAGGUGAAUUCAGUGAACUUGCUGGUAAAAAGAAAAGCUGUCACUUGUCUCAGAAAUUUCACUUUGUAGUAUGCUUCUCUUGCUCUUCCACCUACUCUUUGCAUCUUAUAUUUGUGGAGGUGCUUGACAGGGAGUAAAAAAAAAUAGACCUUAUCUCCACUGACAUGUAGAGCCCAUUUAUGUGCACCAGGCACAUGGGCACUUUCUCUCUGCUUCUCCUCCCCCACUACUGUAAUGUGUAGUCGAUAUUUGAUUCAAUUCCUGCUGUUAGUAUGGUCAAAAAAAAAAAUAUAUAUAUAUAUAUAUAUAUAUAUAUAUAUAUAUAUAUAUAACGUUGGUAGUGUUUUAGUACAUUGCUUGCAGUGCUGCUGCCAAUGCCAAGUCAUCAGUGUUACUUUAAUGAAGGAGGCAGCUGGGACUUUCAUUGAACUUUUAUGCAUGCAUUGAACCAUGCAUAAAAGGGUGUUAGUAUGUCCUGGCUAUCUCAAGAGCUUUACAGAUAGGUGCAGGUUACUACUUAGGUGUUAGGAAAGAGCAGGAAUUGAAAUAGAAAUGGAAAACUUUGCAUACAUCCAGAACUACAAAACACUUGCGGUGUCACUUAGCUGAUUCAGAGGUCAAGAAGUGAUGUCGCUGUAGGUAGAUGCACCUCUGUGGUCAAAUGAGGGUUGAUGGGCAGAGGGGGAUGGCAAAAUAAAAAGGGGGGGGGGGGGGGGGAGUGUAGCAUGGGCAACAACUUAAGUAGGAUCUCGUACAGCUGCUGUUUUGCAUGGCAAUGAUCUAGUGAUGUUUAUCACAGGCAGCCCAUAUAGUAGUCGCAACUAAGAUCUCUCUAUAUUUGAAGUUAGUGCCAUUCCUCCUUUCCUGCUUCUUUCCUUUUCUGCACCCUCACCACUUAUCAUCGCUUUCAUUGUUUAGUGCCAUGAAGAAGUUCGAGUGCAAUUGAGCCGUUCACUGCUUUGGACCCCCUUUUUUUUUGGUGAUUCGACAAAAUUCGUGUGAAGUUUUUGUUUGAGGGGGCAGGGGAAAUGGUGGCACGAAAAUGAAGGAGCGGCACUUCCUUCACCAUAUACAGGGACCCUACUCAACCACAGAGAUAAUGAGCCUACAGUGGAUUGAUCCUGGAUCAGGAGGAUUCUGGUGUUACGAGCGGCCUUAAUUGUUAUUACUAUCAGAAAUAUCUGGAAGGCAAAACUAAAAAUAUGUUUUUGUGAUGGGCCUUUUGGGUGUUUUAUUAUCCUGCUUUUCCUAAGCGUGUUCUUGAGAACAAACCUUGCAGUAGUCUAUCAAGUUUGUGCACAUUGCCAACAAUAUGUAAUAGCUGGGUUGUUUGGUGGAUUGAAACCCUGAAAACGUGCAAGUAACUCCACUUUGUGGGAGGUGAAACUGAGGACUAAAAUUACUUUUUUUCUAUGUCUCAUGGAAGUUGUUUCAUCACACCGCCCAUGUAUGCUGCGUGUGAGUCUGCAACGAUCUCAUCUUCUUUUUCACUGUUGGACACGCCAUAUAUUUGUUUAGCGGAGAGAAAUGUGCGAUCACUACUAGUACUUUGAAUAUCAAUACAGUGCCGUCGAUGCAGUCACCUUCUGUAUGUGUGCCAAAGGAGACAAAUGCGUACAGAGUUCGGGCCAAGCUUUGCAUUGUUGGUGCUUGGCUGUUGAUUGAUUUUCACAUGUACAAGGGAGUUGAAUGAACUUUUGUUAUGUAUAUUUUCAUGCAAUUGCGUUUUCAAAUUGGGAACUGUAGUUUCAUUCCAUAACACUUAUUUUUUUACAUGUACUUUUGUUGGAAGAUGAAACGUUUCAGUUGCGUAUUUAGUCUGCAGCAGCAUGUGCAGCAUUGUGCCAGUUAUAUACUAGCUUGCUAUGUGUGGUUUUGAAGCAUAUGGCAAUGUUCUUGAUGCUAUGCUUAUGGGUUGAAUAAAAGUUGUUUUCAUCGA